AAAAUGGAUAAUUCAAAUGCAAAUGUAGGAACGAAUCUGCAAACAGAUGUUCCCCAAGAAAAUGAUCCUUUUGGCCUUGGAGCUAACCUGUCUGCUCAAAAGGAAGAGCAAGAGAUCGAGAAUGAAGAUCUGGAUAUCGAUACCUUCUUCAAGGAGAAUCUUGAAACUGUGAAAUUAAAUCAGAACAAUGAUCUUGAGAACGCUACGAAGCCACAACCUGAAGCAGAAGCUGCUCCUUCAACUCUUUCUAAAGUGUCUAGAUUUAUGUCUGUUGAAUACUUUAAGAACGCCUUUAAUAUCAAUACUGAUGAUGUUCUAGAGAGAAUUAAAUACUCAUUGUUCCCAUUCAGAGCAGGUGGAUUGUUUAAAAACAGAGAAUACGACCUUUAUGGGCCUCUAUGGAUCCUUCUGACAGCUGUUUUUACAACUUCCAUCUUUGGGACUGCCUUUUUCUCAACUGAAAAGAUAGCUAAAGAGAAAGCAACCAGCAUUUCAUUGCAUCAGAUAGGGAAAUCUUUCAUUCUCUCUUUGAUAUAUCUCCUCAUUUGCCCACUUGUAGUCUACUAUCAUUAUACCAAAGAAGGAGCACGAAGCGCCCAAUACCUUGAGAUUGUGUCCAUCUACGGCUAUUCCUUUGCAAUCCUUCCAGUGAUUGAAGUACUGAUCCUCAUUCCUCUAGGAUGGUUUAGACUCUGAUUCUUAGCUGCAGGUGCCUUCAUCAGCGGGUUCCUAAUCAGAAGAGAACUUUUUGACCUCAACAAAAAGUACCUACCCAGAAAAGAAAUAACUUACAUCAGAAACUACGGAGUAAUCGCCCACGUAAUCUGGCUACUUCUAUUCAAGUUGCUCUUCUUAUAA